UGAUGUUUCUUUGGAGCUCUUGAUUGCGUCAGUCGAUUAAAACCUGAACUCGGAUCUUGGAUGCAUGCACUUCCGUUUGGUGUUGUUCGUCAUUUCCCAAAAUAGAAACAGAUUUACGUGUUCUCUAAACAGUUACCAUCUAAAGUGAUAGUGAAUAAAGAUGGCAACGAAACCGACAAGUGAGGAGUUUGGGAAGCAUUCCAUAGUGGAUGACUUCAUGUAUGGCUCCAAUGUGGCCACUGCCCAUGUUUACAUCAGAAUGGGCUUUCUGAGGAAGGUGUAUGGAAUCUUGUCUACCCAGCUUCUACUGACUACUAUCGUCAGUGCUUUGUUUAUGUCCAGUGAAACGGUCACCAAUUAUGUACAGCAAAGUCCCUGGAUGCUUUUGGUGGCAAUGGUGGGCAGUAUUGGACUGGUGAUUGCUCUGAUGGUGUAUAAACAUAAAACCCCGACAAACUACAUUCUUCUGGGACUGUUUACUGUGUUUGAAGCUUAUUGUGUUGGUACCGUUGUGACAUUCUACAAAGUACACAGUGUGCUGGAAGCAUUUCUGAUGACCUUGGUGGUAGCAGUCAGUCUGACCAUGUACACACUACAAAGCAAGAAAGACUUCAGCUCCUGGGGAGCGGGAUUGUUUGCUUGCCUGAGUAUUCUGAUUUUUGCUGGACUCCUUCAGUUAUUUUUCCCCACCGUCAUGAUGGACAGACUAUUAGCAGCCGGUGGAGCCCUUCUGUUUUCUCUCUUCAUUAUAUUUGACACGAGUAUGAUGAUGCACAAACUGUCUCCAGAAGAUUACAUUGAGGCCUCUGUUAACCUUUAUCUGGAUGUCAUCAACCUGUUCCUUCAUCUGCUGAGGCUCAUGGGAGAGAGGAAGUAGAGGACUAUGGGUAAUCAGAGUGGAUCAUGGGAAAAAAGAAAAGAUAUGUUGGGGAAUAAUUUUGGAGUGUACACAUUCCAUAAAAUUGUACAUUAUGAAAGAUGAGUUUUUGUAAAUAUUUGCUCAUAUUUUUCUCGGCAAAAUGAAAAGGGUUAAACAGUUAUUUAUGUUUGUCUUCCAAACGUUUCUAUGUUUUGUUUUCUACACAUUCUUAUAAGGAAGAAUUACUGUUAUAUCAUAACAUAAUAUUUCUUCUUCUUUGUCAUGUUUAUUUUGAAAAUAUUUUUGGAACUUGGACCUUUAACUAAGUAUUCGUAAUAAUGAUUUAAGACAUUCAUAGAAAAUUCUUUCCACCAAAGCAGGGGAAAGGGUCAUACAAAUUAUUUGUUACAUUUAUUUGUUACUUUUUGAUAUGUGUUUCUGUUAUGAUUUUGUGCAAAUUACAUUUGUAUCAUAAUUUUUUUUUACUGGGAAUACCGGUAUUUUCUUUAAUAAACAAGAUCAUCGAAUCAUU